GCACUACGCUAUCUCUGUAUUCCAGCAUGUAGCCCGCCGUAGUAGAAAGUCGUAUGUCUUUUAUUUUGAAAAUCUCGGUCCGGAAGUAGAUCGGCUGCCGCUAGUUUAGGCCUUUAAAGUUUAGCGGGAGUUUUGACCCUACGAGAAGGCUUUUAUCACAUUUUAAUCGCAAUUUUUUAAGCAUACAUUUUUUAAUUAUUUAACAUGGAUAAAUACGUGAUGCUUUUAUCCUUCUGUCCUCGGUUAUCGGAAUGUCUGGAUGAUUUUAGACCUUUAGAGAAAGUGAAGCAAAUAUAUGAUGGUCUAAGGGGCAUCUCCUGUGACGAAUCUCCGAGGGUCUCCGCGUUCCCAGCUUGUUCGCUUAGUGGCUACCCAUCAGGGCAGAGAUGGUUCUUUGCCAUCCAGGCUGUCCAUGGAUUUGGUCAGUAUUGCAGUUCAGAUUGGGAAGAGGGGAGAGCCAGCCAACCGAAGGGGGACAGGGAAGAGGAGAGCCCAAGCGCCUGGCAGCUGUGUCACAGCUCUCUGCAGGACCAGGGAAGAGAAGGGGAGACACAGGAUGAGCAGUCUGCACUGGCAGAGUUGUUUGAGGAGGCAGCAGAAGGACUACAUCUCUUGUCAGACAAACUACCACCACCAGGUAAAGCCCUGGUGGACGUGCUGGUGCUCUGCGGGUCUCCACCUCCAACCUCCCUGAGGGACCUGCUGCCUCUGAUGGGUGCCCUCAAACACAUGGAGUGCUGGCACUCCGCCAAGAUCACCCUGGUGACCCCGCAUGCCGAAGGGUGGCAGACGGUGGCUGCCUCUCUGGGUGCCACUGUGGUGGGGCCUGCUGAGAUGGACAGCUGCAUAGACCACAAGGAGCAGUGGAGAGGAGCUCUGCUGAUCAGGGAGAAAAAGUGUGCCUCAGAGCUGAGGUUCGGGGGCUUCUCCCUCCGUACUGCAGUGGGUGACGGUCCGACCAGGUGCUCCUCCUCCGGCCCUGCUGCCCAGCGCCUGCAACCCGAGGUCUUCCAUUACUACAGGAAUGUCUUGGACCUGAUGCAGAUGGUCUCCCUGAAAGAACUACCUGACUUUCUGUUGUCCAACACGGAGUUCCAGCUUCGCAUGUCUGGGAAGUCCAAGAAGUGCAAGCUUCUGUUGGAUCAGCUGUCGUCCCUACGUGGAGAGGUGGGAGCAUUGUUUUGCCUGUCCUGUGUGGUCACCCCCAUGGCCCAGCCAGUAGCCAGCCAGCUGAGCUCCCAGCGAUGGAGGGACACCCUGGCCAAGAGGCCCAGCUCUCUGCCUGUGCCUGAGGUGGAGGUCAAAGGCGAGGGCGCCCACUACUUCCUGUUGGUCCAGGGCUCGGAGGAAGGUGGAGGUGGAGCCUGCAGAGCCCGGAUGCUCCACUCGGCCAAUCAGAUCAAUGGAGCUGCUGCCGUGGCGACCGUAAAUGGGCUCUUGAGAGAAAAGUCUCUGCUCUCAUCAGGAAAGACAGAAGGACGCCUCCUGGACUCGCUGCCCUGCUUCCGCCGAGACGACGUGCGGCAGGCGAGCCGGGCCCAGACGCUGGUUCUUAAGGAAUGCCUGAAGAGGCGAGUGGAUGCCCACUCGACGGCCACGAUACCGGUCAGCCUCAUAAAGACCCUGCUGAACCGGGCCGCAGAGCAGUACCUGAGAUUAACCACUGACCCCUCCCCCCCGGAGGACCAACAGGGCAGCGUCACCACGACUCCAGAGUCCCGACGAGGAGCCGGCCAGCCGUCGGAGUGGCCCGAGAGAAGCGUGCUCCGGAACGUGGAGAACCUCCGGAGAAGGCGCCAGAAGAACCGCUUUGGUCCGUUGUCGGCGCCGGGCUCCAGCGACAGUCUGCUGGGGCCGAAGGACGCGAGCCAGCGCGUGUCCGCGGCGCUGUUGGACGCCAAGGAGCUGCUGAAGCACUUCAGCGCAGACGGCACGCCCGCUGGGGAGCUUCAGCCUCUGGUGGUCUGCAGGGGGAGCAACGCGUUCCAGAUGUCUCCGGACCUGUCUCCCGGGCGGGCCAGCCAGUUGCCCUUCAGCAAGGCGUCGGCCUCCAACUACCACGGGAUAGAGUUCUGCCUGGACCAGCAGCAGCUCAGCGCCCUGGACCGCGACCUGGGCUUCGUGCGCCUCCAGUCGCGCCUCGUCCGCUUCGAGACACAGACCACCUGCUCCAAGGAGCCCCUCCCCUUCGCCCUGAGCCCCGCCCCCCUCGGCCCCGCCCCCUCCCCCGCCGUGGCCUCCGAGCCGGGCAGCGUGCCGGACGGGGAGGCGCUGCUGCAGCUGCAGAACGCCCACGUGGCGCGCCUGAAGCGCCGGUCCCGGGAGGCGGACGCAGCCGCCGCGCUGGGGGGGCCGCGCAAGAGGCUGGUGAAGUCAGAGAGCAGUGACUCUCUGUGCUCCCAGAGCAGCAGCAGCAGUGGGACACGCCCCUCGGUGAGGUCACUGAGGCAGCAGCCAAUCAGGUCCCAGUCUGCCUCCACUCUACCCAGCUCUUUGGCCCCUCCCCCCAGUCGUCCAUCUUCAGGCCAGCCUCCCGCGGCGCCGGCGGACACUACCGGACCCGACCACCAGGGGCCGCUCCAGGUCCACAGCCAGGAGCAGCAGGCCAAGGAGUCCCGCUCCCAGAAGCACCACAGGAUGCUGAUGGAGGUCGUGGCUAAAACGCUCGAGGCCCACGGUGUCACCGCCAAGCACCCCUGCUUCAGCGCCUGCAGCAAGAGACUGUUUGAGAUCUCCAAGUUCUACCUCAAGGAUCUGAAGACGUCUCGGGGUCUGCACGACGAGAUGAAGAAGGCGGCCAAGAGCAACGCCAAACAGGUUAUCGACUGGGAGCUGGAGAAGACCUCAAAGAAGCAGAAAGCGGGGAAAUAGAGAACAUUUCGUACGACUAGCCUUCAAAGGUCAUCAAAGACGGGGCUCCAUCCGUCACCGUGGCAACGGGACGCUCGAAGCGCCCCCUCCAAGCGCUUCGCGUCGGAGGAAAUGCGGCGUUGCGUCGACAACGUACCCACUUGUGUCGUUAAGGACGUUUGCUGUUUUUCGUUCUCAGUAAGAGAGGCCCGACAACAAGGACUCAUACAAUACUUCUGUUGAGUAAUUCUCCAGACCCCUUUGAUAACGUCGACGGUCAGCUUCUCCUUUCAUUAAGUCUGGUCAGCCGGCCAGGGUCUGGCUUCUUCUACCUUAAACUCGGAAACUUCUACCACUGUAUUUCCGAGUCUUCCGCACAGUAGUGUUUAUGUGUUACUUUGAAGGGAAUGGCAGUCGGACCAAACAUGACCACACAGCACAGACUCAUCUUGUGGUACGGUAACUCAUGGCACCAGCAGGGAGCCAUUGGGAGUAAUUGCCUCAUUUUCUUAAGUUCUCCUUUUAAAGUUGUCUUGUGUUUUGUCUUGCCUGUUUUAAUCAAUGCAAACCUUAAUUGUGUGCUAUUUAUUUUACUCCGGAGACUAUAACAUUAUUAUCAAUGUCCAUUAUUUGUUUUCCCUUUGUGUUUUCCGCCAGGGUUUUUGUUAGUUUUGUGUUGUUUUUAUGCCCCGUCUUUAUUUUCGCUUUUCAAAAGCAUUUUAUCAAUUAUUUGUGAUGUUAUUUCCGCUGGUUUUAUCCGCUCUAAAUGUUCUAUCCUAACAGAUGUGUCAUAUUUAUCCCUCCUCAAGGCGACAAUAAAAUGUUUUUUUUUAAAUGUU